GGAAGCAGCAAAACCUUUGCUGGUAAGCUUGCUGUGUGGAAGUAAGCUUUAUCUGUUUCAGGUAAUUAGCACUGCAUUAGCACAGCAUAGCAACUGGUCGUUAAACAUAAGGUUUAAACUAUUAAACUAUAUUAACUAUUAACUAUACAGUGUAAACAUAGUGUGCUAAGGCUUUAAGCAAAAAUGCGACUUUCUAACUGAAUUAAAAACAACACAUUAGAAAUGCUGUUGGGGUGCCAGUAGUCAACCUUUCUUCUCCUGCAGUCUUAAUGUUCGGUUAGUGCAGAGCAGGCUGAUGUCAGUAGCAUCUUGUGUAAGUGUAGGUCUUAUGUGGUGGUUUUUCUUUUCCUUCCUUGGUGGAUAGUGUUGUAAUGGCUGAAUCACCUGUAAGAUGUGUGGAUAUUAUUUGUACUUCCAAAUUUUGGUUGGCCAGUCUCACAGUUUCACAACUAGUGCGAAACCUUUCAGAAAUGUGAGAGCUUAUGGUCCAGAGUUAGCUGAAUGGUAGUAAAGUUGGAUAUAUAUCUUGUCCAGUGUUGAUUUUUGUUUCUUUUUUUUUAACUCCCCAGAAUAAAUAUGAGUGCAUGUCUUUCAAAAAGAAAUCUGCUGUACGAACAACGUGAGAUGGAACUGUGUCCUUAAGAAGAAUGGGUUCUGUGUGCUGGUGGUUCCCAAGUGUGCUAAUCUAACAGGGAAAUGAAAGAUCAAGUUUCUCACUAACACUCAGCUGGUUAUACAUGUGACUGAUAAAUACAUAUCUAAUCUUCUGAGUAACUGACAGUUCUUGCUAUCUGGGUAAAUAAGUACUUGCCCCACAGAAGUGGCAGGAAAGCUAACAGUCUGAGUCUUAGGUGGUCUGGAGGCACAGCUCCAUCAGUGGCAGAGGAAAACAGUUCCACAGUAGAAGCUGAAGCCAGAACCUGAGCUUGAGGCAGAAUUUUGAAGGCAGCAGGGAACAGAAUGGUUAACAACUUGGAGCCAUGCAAAGGACAACCAUACUGAGUAGGAAGUUGUGGACAGGAAUCCUCUUCUGAUCUAACGUGACUAGAUAAGCCAGACUCUGACGCAUCUCUGGGACCUGCAAUGACAAGUCAGAACAGUAGCCAUGCAGAGAAAACUGGUGAAAUGUCCUCAAAGCAGUCAGCACCAAAAGUGCAGGUCCAACGAUCUGUCUCCCGAGAAACCAUCACUAUUCAUUUCUCUGCAUUUGGGAAGGAGGAAGAAGAGGAGGAAGAGGAGUUUAAGGAAUUUCUUGAUGAGGAACUAGAUGACCAAAGCAUUGUAACAGCACUUGAAGCCAAGGAAGACCUCUGCUUUGAGCAUACCGGCCAUGAUUUUUCUGGUCCAGCUACCUCGCUUAACAUGGCCAACUCUGCGUCACUGCUGUCCUCAUCACCUGCAGUUCUGCCGGCUGCAGACGCCGUAAAGCUGUUGGAUUCUCCUUCCACAUCCCAAGUACUCAGUGCAGUGCCACUAGUCCUGUCUCCCUCAUCACACUCGUGUCAUACGUUCAGCUUGUCAGGUGUGUCACCACCUGUGGAACAGAAGGCCAACCUGUUGUCUUCCCCAUCAUCAUCUCCUUCCAGGUCAGUUGUCUGCUCUAGUGCAUCAUCCGCCAUUUCUAGUUCCAAGCCUUUUAAGGGUUUAGUCAAGUCCCUUUCAACAGAUGUGGAACCAAAAGAACCAACCCCACCGAUGAGACAUAGACAGUUAAUGAAAACCCUAGUGAAAUCUCUCUCUACAGACACUUCUAAACAAGAAUCUGAAGCUGUGUCAUACAGACCACCGGACUCAAAACUGAACUUGCAUCUGUUCAAACAGUUCACUCAGCCUCGAGCUACGGGUGGUGAUUCCAAAACUGCCCCCUCAUCUCCAUUAACAUCUCCCUCUGACACUCGUUCCUUUUUUAAAGUACCUGAAAUGGAGGCUAAAAUUGAAGAUACUAAAAGACGCCUUUCUGAAGUAAUCUAUGAGCCUUUUCAGCUGCUCAGUAAAAUAAUGGGUGAUGAAAGUAGUAGCCACAGGCCCAAAGCCUUAUCUUCAAGUGCUUCAGAACUCUCAAACCUUUCCAGUUUGAAUGGCCAUUUGGAAAGCAAUAACAACUACAGCAUUAAGGAAGAAGAAUGUGAUUCUGAAGGGGACUUGUAUGGAAGUGACUCUAACUUGAGUAAGAACGAUCAGUCAAAAACAGCUGAGGAACACGCAAAAGAGACGGAGACAAAAAGCUCUCAGUCUGCAAGCACAAAGGAUGUGAGUUCAAAAACUUCACUCGUACUUGAAAAAUGUUCAUUGUCUGCACUGGCAAGCAGAGAGGAUGAAGAGUUUUGUGAACUUUAUUCUGAAGACUUUUCCUUGAUAGAGGAUGAAAGCAAAACCGAUAAACAUACUGAAACUUUGCUUGAUCUCGAGGUGACUGAUGAACAUGGUGUUAUGCUCAGUAGUGAAGAUGAAAAUAAUCUGUAUGUGCAACAGCCUAAAAUACCAGUGAAAACUUUAUACUUCUUAACACUGUUAGUCUAUGCUUACUUUAUUAUUCCUCUCCCUGGCUACUUAAGUGGACUCUUAUUUGGAAUGGCCCUUGGAUUUAUGACAGCUGUCUGUGUGAUUUGGCUGCUUACUCCGCGUACUCAUGAGUAUCUCAAAUUUCGUGAAAGUAUGAAAAAGCAGUGGAAUACAGGAGCUCUAGACAUCAAAGAACCUGAAAUACUGAAGGGAUGGAUGAAUGAAAUUUAUAAUUACGAUCCAGAAACAUACCAUGCUACGCUGACUCAUUCUGUCUACGUGCGACUUGAAGGAAGCACCUUAAGGCUUUCAAAACCUAAUAAAAAUAUUUCUAGGAGAGCUGUGUACAAUGAGCCAAAGCCUGAAGUCACGUAUGUCAGCCAGAAAAUUUAUGAACUUACGGAGAGCAAGAUUUCCCUGGUUCCCAAAAGUCUGGCACGAAAACGAAUUUGGAAUAAGAAGUACCCUAUUUGCAUUGAACUUGCUAGACAGGAUGACUUCAUGGCUAAAGCCCAGACUGAUAAAGAGAAUGCAGAAGAAAAGUUGUCUUCUGAGAAAGUGGACUUGAACAAUGAGGAAUCCAAGAAAGCUCAGGAUGGAGCCAAGUACACUAGCCAAAAAGAUCAAGUGCUUUAUCUCUUUGGAAGGACAGGUAGGGAGAAGGAGGAGUGGUUCAGAAGGUUCCUUCUAGCAUCCAAGCUGAAGUCUGAAGCCAAGAAGCCUUCUAGCAAGCCAGGGAUCUUGUCAGCACACGGUAGAACGGAGAGUCAGUCUGGAGUUCUUACACACAGUCGUAGCAGCAGCAAGGGAAGUGCAGAAGAAAUUGCAUCCCAGCCUAAACACAAGGAUCUGGCGGGCAAUCUGCGGCAGAAAAUGCUUCUGGACUACAAUAUUUAUAUGGCAAAGUGUGUUCCACAGGAAAAGAAGAGCCCUUCGAGUAGUCCAGUCCUCAGUGCAGAUAGCAGCCCUACAGCUGUGAAAAAGUUACCUGAUGCCCACGUGGAAGCUGAGGAAGAAGAACAGGAGGUCUGGGUGAACGCUUUGCUUGGAAGAAUAUUUUGGGAUUUUUUAGGAGAAAAAUAUUGGUCUGAUCUAGUGUCAAAGAAGAUUCAAAUGAAGCUUAGUAAAAUAAAGCUGCCAUACUUCAUGAAUGAGCUAACGCUGACUGAGCUUGACAUGGGGAUAGCAGUGCCGAAGAUCCUUCAAGCCUUCAAACCUUCUGUUGAUUACAGAGGGCUUUGGAUUGACUUGGAAAUGUCCUACAACGGAUCUUUUCUAAUGACCCUAGAGACCAAGAUGAACUUGACCAAACUUGGUAAAGAGCCUCUUGGCGAAGCACUGAAAGUUGGAGAGAUUGGCAAGGAAGGUUUCAGGCCAAGGGCGUAUUGUCUUGCAGACAGCGAUGAGGAAUCCUCCAGUGCUGGGUCGUCAGAAGAGGAUGAUGCUCCUGAACUGGCAGGAGAGAAGCAGGUGACUCCUGGAGCUGAAGGGUAUGUUGGAGGGCAUCGGACCAGUAAGAUCAUGAGAAUUGUGGAUAAAAUUACCAAGUCAAAAUACUUUCAAAAAGCAACAGAGACUGAGUUUAUAAAGAAGAAAAUUGAAGAAGUCUCAAACACUCCAUUGCUGCUAACAGUUGAAGUACAAGAGUGCAGAGGAACACUAGUAAUUAACAUUCCACCUCCACCUACUGACAGAAUAUGGUACGGCUUUCGAAGACCUCCCUACCUGGAGUUAAAAGCUCGGCCGAAACUUGGUGAGAGAGAAGUCACUCUGGUUCAUGUAACUGAAUGGAUAGAGAGGAAACUGGAACAAGAGUUUCAGAAAAUCUUUGUCAUGCCAAACAUGGAUGAUGUUUAUAUUCCCUUAAUGCACUCAGCCAUGGAUCCCCGCUCCUCUACAUACCCUCCUAAAGAUCUGGUCACGGAGGCCCCUGAUCAGCCAUGACGUGAAGACUUGCAGUUUACAGUAUUAUAAAGGUUAUUCUCAUGGUUUUAUAAACUGUGCUGUAGUUCUCAUCAUCAAUUUGUGCCAGUUUCCCCCUCCCCAGGGUCUGCCUAUAACCAUACCUUUGUGCUCACUUGCCUGGUUAUUGUUCCUGUGUACUUCAGUGACAUGGUUUCAUUCCGUUAAGCGGUUGAUUUGUUUUUGUACUGGCUACCAUCAGGAUUUUAACUUGGAGGCUGAGAUGACCUGUUCUUUGGGGGAGGGAGGGAGGGAGAGCCUAACUAUAAUAGAUCAAGGAGCUUGUUGACACAGCUUAUGUUUUCAUGCUACGUUGGUGUGCGUUAACACGUUGAAAGGUUGUUUGGCAGCAAAGAAACUGCGUGUCAAAUGAAAAAAAAAAUCCUAAAUAAGGAAUGAAUUUAUAAAAACUGGAAGAAUAUUUUUCUUUCUCAGGCAGUUGGAGGUGUAGAAUGAACUGUUUUAUGUUCUUUCACUUCUGCAGUCAAUAGCUUGUGUCAAGCAAUCAAAAUAUGAAAUGCUUUCAGGAUAAAAGAAUGUAAAUUGGAUGUAUAGGUAAUAUUGUGAUUCAGUGUGGUAUAUACAUAUUACUUUUUUCAUAUAGGACUUGUGCUUUUUUUUGGGAAGCAACUAGCCAUAAAACACACAAUUAUCAGUGAAGGUGGGACUGUCAUAUUUUUGUAAAUGAGGAGAAAAAAGUUGGUAAAGCCAUGAGACCAAACUAUAGCAAGCAGCCUUAUAGUGAGGUACAAUCACCUUGAUUCAUGACUAAUUCUGAAUGUUUAUAAAGACAUGAGCACACACAUGAAAUGUUUAAUACUGCACAUUACCGGAAGUACUUAGUUACCCUACUGUGUAUAGAGCCUCUUGCUACGAUGAAACACGAAGUUUUCUUAUAGGAGAAUUUGUUGCUGUGACUCUUUUCCAUUGCACUGUGUUUACAUGCAAAGCAUGGGACCAAAUUCUCACAUUACAGCUGUACAAAGCCAGAUAUCAGUCUCUUGAUGUUUGUGAACAAACAGCUGUAAUGGAAAGAUUUGACCCCUAUGCAUUGUUCUUUUGGACUUGGUGAAAUAGGAAUUCAAGCUGAUCGUGAUAUAAAAGACUGUUUCUGCUACUUAAUGGCCAAAACUAAGGGGAGGCAUGUGAAACUGCCUCUUAUUUCUAUCUAGUAUGAUGAGUCAAGAGUUUAAGCGUAUGCAGUAAAUUCGGUAAUUGAACACUACAUAUCCACUACUCAACACAAUAUUUUUCUGAUGCUCAUUGUUGCCAACAGUUCAUGGAUGUCAGAAAACAUUUUAGUUUACAGAGGGUGAGUUCUGGCUCUCCUUUUAUAACAUGAUUUGCUUUUUUUUUUUUAGAAGUAAUUUUUUAAGAACUUUUUUGUACUUUGUGUUGUCACAUUUGAUGUAAAUCAAAAUUUCCAUGUGUAACUUGAUGAUUUACCAUCUUUAAAUGAAGCUAUUAUAUUGAAGAUUUUUUAAACAGCACCUUGCCUGAAACAUAAAAAGAAAACUAGCAUUUAAUAUAUUUAAAAUUAAUUCUAUAUUUGAACACCUAUUUUGGUUACCUUUAAUUGAAAUAUUAGUAGGUUAUAUUUGUUACCUGAACUCCUCCUUGACCAUUCCAGGCUGUGUAUAUUCUGGGUUUUGCUCUGAUUAUGUAGGCACUAUUUGCCUUUCAUGAAGUCUGCAUGUCUUGUACGCAGGUCUUUUAUAUGAUUUAAUUUUUAUGUGCAAUAACUAAAGUCAAAGGACUAGAUGCACUAAUGUGUAAACAGAUUUAGAUUAUUAUGAGAUUGUCAUAUUGCACUUCAUAAACUGUGGGUAACUACAGUCUGCUUGCUUUGUUUUAUUAAAUAAAUUUAUCUCAUGCCAAUUA